AAAAAAAAAAAAAAGGAAAAAAAGAAAAAAAGAAAAAAGAACAAAAUAUCGAUAAAUGGAACAUAUCGAAGAGGCCGUUGCUUGUGCGCUGAGCCCAACUGCAGACCUCGCCUUGAAGCAGCAGGCGACGCAAUACUGCGAGCAAGUCAAGGCGUCUCCAGAUGGAUGGCAAUUGUGUCUGGCGUUAUACAUUCGGGAGCCCAAGAGCACUCCAGAAACACGCUUGUUCUGUCUACAAGUAAUCGAAGAAGUUCUCAUGGCCAGGUCCAAUACAUUGGAUGAGUCGAGGUUGAACUUCUUUCGACAGACUUUCAUGGAAUAUAUUCAACGUGAAUUCGUCAACGGAGGCGUGGACAACACACUAAGUGGAGAGCCAUCAUAUCUCAAGAACAAAUUCGCGCAUGCAGUGGCACUUCUUUUCAGACAAACAUAUCUUAAAUCAUGGAACACCUUUUUUUCGGAUAUGCUUGCCCUCAUCGCUCCUUUACCUCAGUCGUCUGGAAAGUCAAAUAUGAAGAUGGUCGAUCUGUUUCUUAGGAUUCUUAUGUCGAUUGACGAAGAGGUUGUCAACACUCUUAGCGCUCGUGUCAGUUCAAAGGAGGAGAACACUUUGAACAUUAACAUCAAGGACCGCAUGAGAGAACAGGAUGUCCCAGCGCUCACUAAUGCCUGGUACGAGCUACUAGCGGAAUAUAAAGAGCGUAGCCUGGAUUUCGCAGAAAUGCUACUUCGUAUUGUAGGAGUUUAUGUUGUUUGGAUUGAUAUCUCCCUUAUCGUCAAUGAGCGAUUUGUAUCAUUGAUUUAUAGCUUCCUGAUGACCACAUCCAUCCGCAAUGCAGCAGCAGAUUGCUUGACAGACAUUGUUAAAAAAGGAAUGAAGCCAUUGGACAAACUCCAGCUCAUCGGCAUACUUGGCGUGGUUGAAGUCCUCCAGCGAAUCGAUCUUUCGUCUGACUCUGAGUUCCGUGAACGUGUCGCUCGACUUGUCAACAAUCUAGGCUUACAACUCUGUCAGAUAUGGCAGGAUACUAACCCUCAAGCCAACUCGAACUAUCCUCCUACUGCCAGCCCAACAGCCUACACUCAUAUUUCUCAUCUUGUCCCCAUCUUGCUCCAGUUCUUGAGAGAUGAAAACGACAAUGUUUCAGAGGCGGUGUUCGGCUUCUUGCGCGAAAUCCUUAAUAUAUUCAAGACAAUCAAAAAGGCGACUGGAUCGCUGCCUCAGGAACAAAAGGAGCUUAUGCGCCAGAUCCUAGAGUCGAUUGUUAUGAAAAUGAAAUAUGGCGAGGACAUGGAUUGGGUUUGUGUCGCCAUCGCAGGAGGCUCAGAAUCGGUUGGAACCAUUGGUGAGGACUCGAUAGCGGACGAAGAAAUGCUCGACUUUUUGGAACUACGUCGGGAGUUGAAACGUUUCUAUGAUCAGAUCGCCACCCUUUCGGCCAGUAUGACAACUACAUUUUUGCAUUCUGCUGUUACUACAACUCUUACGACUUAUGUGAACGAAAAAGUGUCGGGAUCCGCGGGUUCAUCAGAUUGGAGAGACUUGGAGUUGGCUUUGUACCUCCUCUAUCUUUAUGGAGAGGCCAUCAAGGGGGUACCUCAAUUUGCUGUUGUCGCUCCUAGUGUCGGAGCAAAUGGAGGGAAGAUUGUACAUCCUGUUCCACCGGCUGGAGCACCAUUGACUCCUCUGGGAGAAUGCCUUUUUGAGAUGUGUAAGAGUGGCGUUUCCGCAUAUCCACAUCCAUCCGUCUCUGCCAAUUUUUUCGAGAUUGCCUGUCGUUACUCCAACUUUUUUGAGAUUCGUCCAGAGUGCAUCCCUGACGUGCUGGAAGCGUUUGUUGACGCACGUGGACUUCAUCAUCCCAUCUCCGCAAACCGCACCCGCGCCUGGUAUCUGUUCUGGCGCUUCAGCAAGGAUCUCAAAUAUAGACUUACUCCAUAUGUUCAAACAGUUCUUACCAAUAUUCAGGAUGUAUUGACUAUUGAGGGUUCAUUGCCCCCGAUGUUGGCGCCUGACUUUGAUAUAUCCACAUACAAAGACCAGAUUUUUGAGACAAAGACAUAUCUUUUUGAGGCCGUAGGGCUUUUAAUCUCUCAAGAUUCUAUACCCGCUCAACAACAGGUCGAGUAUCUUUCUGCGGUCAUGACUCCAUUCUUGACCGAGAUUCAAGCGAGCUUGGAGGCAUGCCGUACAAUUCAACAGAGCUCGAAUGGAAUAAUUGGAGGAGGUGCUGGUGUUGGAGUAGGAUCGCCUAGGCAUAAUGAAAUGGAGACUGUUUGGACAUUGCAUCAGCGUUUGAUGGCGUUAGGUAGUGUUGCCAAAGGAUUCCCAGAUGUGAUGAAUGCCAAAAAGACUUCCAACACGGCGACAGGGGCAGGGACGGGAGCAGGAGCAGGAGGACCAUGUGCACAGAUCUUCAAGCAAGUGGCGGAGAUUACAUUGAUAGCACUGGAAACACUUUCGAGAUUUGAAAUCAUUCGAGCAGCGGCGAGAUUUACGUUUGGAAGGCUUAUCAACUGUUUGGGGCAAGAUGUGCAGCCAUACUUACCCACGUUGAUCACUGGCUUACUCCAGGAAUGCUCGGUUGUGGAGCUGGUCGAGUUUUUGCCUUUUAUGGGUCAGGUAGCGCACAAGUUCAAGGCGACGAUCAUGUCUAUUUUGAACGAGCUGUUCUUCCCUCUGGUGCAAAAAGUGUUCUUCUUCUUGAACCAAGUUCCUAGUGGUACAGAUGAGGUCAUGGCCCUAGUUGAACUUCGCAAGAGCUACUUGGCAUUUUUGAUGGGAUUGUUUUCGUCUGAACUGGAAAGUGUGUUGAUCACUGAAGUUAAUGGCCAGCAUCUGAACUUGAUUUUGCAGAGCGUACUUCAUUAUGCACAAGAUAUGACGGAUGUGCCGGUGAGCAGGAUGGCAUUUGGUAUUUUGCUCAAAGCAGUCAAUUCCUGGGGUAGUCAAGGAGAGACACCUGGGGAGAAGCCUUCAAAUGGGGCCAAUGGUGUUUCAGAUGGAUCGGUAGAGGGAGGAACUAAGCAGGAGGCGCCCGGGUUCUAUCAGUUUAUGUAUGAGCAUAUUGUUCGGAUUACAUUUGAAGUACCCAUGAAGCCCUCGUUUGAUUUGCAGGAUGGUCAAUCGGUGUUGGUGCUAGGAGAGAUUGCGGGGUUGCAAAAGGCUAUGGCAGCGAAGCAGGGAGAUGCGUUUUUAACGUACUUGAGUCAAGUUUACUUGCCAUCGAUCAACUGCCCCGUAGAUUUGACGCAGGAAUACGUACAGGCACUGCAACAACUGGAUGCGAAGCAAUUCAAGAAGUAUUUCCAGGCCUUUAUUCAAAAAUCAAGAUCCUGAAAGGGCGAUGUUUCAAUUUAGAUGUAUUCUAUUGUGAAUGAAGCUCCAUAAUGCCU